AUGGGAAACUUGAUCUGGCAUGAAUAUGCUCGUUUGCUCGCCGUUACGUCCAGUGUUUGUGAGUGGUCGUACUCAAAUGACGGACUACUGUCCUUGCGGCGAGCAGAUACUAUAUGGGCGAGUUUCUGGGGCUUCUAUUACCGAAAGUUCUUUUGGGAUUUCGUUGGCGGCAUCGUUAGGGCUCCCGGAGGUCUUCAGCCGUCUAAAGCCAAUGCCGUCUUCAUUACCCUGAUCGUAAAGGCCCCUGUCAUUCAGAUUCUGGCUAUGCUCCUUGCCUUUGUCAUACUGGCGCUUGAAUUGCCGAUUCCGCAAAUUAAAGGCACCAUGAUACAUCGGAACUUCGUCAUUAGAAUACCUUUGUUAUUGCUGCAGGCGUUCCUCACGAUCCUGUUCUAUCAAGGGACGAACGCGGCCUUGUGGUCCAUGAUAACUGCCGCUUGCUACGGUCGAGCUGUCGUGUUGGGCGAGACAAUGAAAGAAGCGAAGGAUAAUAGAGGGAAGGGUGGGCGCGCUUGA